AUGGUAUGUGGCAACUAUGAUCGCUUUAUAGUCGCCAUAAGCCGCGCCCGCGAGCUGUUGAUCAUCACAGGCUCGAAUGAUGUCGAUCGUCCCAGCUUCAAUAGUGACAGAAGUGCGGUCGACUUCCUCUACGAAUAUGUGGGAUCAAAUUUGAACAGUGUAAUUUGCACGUGUGAGAAGCAGCCGAGAAGGUCGAGGACCGCUGAGGCUGGAAGUCCAUCGGUGAUAUAG